GGCCGGGGGGAGCCGCGAGGCCGGGAGCGGGGUAGGCUGCGCCCGUACUUAAGCGGGCUGCCCGAGCCGCUGACGUCUUUCGAAUUGGAGACGGGCUGCCCCCUCCCGCCCCGGGCUCCCGCGGACACGGCCGGGAACGGAGGUACAAGUGUCUGUCUAGAAUGUCCAGGCGUGUACAACAGCUUAGAGACCAUGAUAUAAAUCCAUGUGUAGUGGAAACAGAUGCCUCUAGAAAAUGCAUGGAUGACAACAACUAUAACAAGAAUAUGUGUACUGCUUAUUUUUUGAAGUACAAAAGCUGCAGAAAAUUCUGGCAUGAUGUUAUGAUGCAAAGGAGAAGAAAUGGUGUGAAACCAGAGAUGCCCUCAGCAGAAGAGAGAAAGAAAAUGUUGGAAUCAAUGGGGAAGCCUUACUGACUAGAAACUUGCAUUGGUUGACUGUUUUUGCUGUACAUAGAAGACUUAGCAGCAAGUUUUCCUUUUAUCAACUGGACUUUAUGGUUGCCACAUCUUGGAUUAAAAUAAGUUCUUAAACUUUGAAAUGUCUGAGCUUUCUAGGAUAGAAUGUUUUGGUUUUGUUCAUACUCCCUGUCAUGGACACUUGGCAGCUCACUGGAAGACAUGGGUAUCAACACAGCUUAUGUCUAGACACUUUGGAAGUGGAAACUAACUUGCUGUGAAAUGCUAAAUAUAAAACUAAUGGGACUUGCAGAAAGUCUUUUUAAAAAAAAGAGGGGGCUGGUGAGUGUUUCAGUGUGGUUCUAAGUAUGGAGCAGGUUGAGAGACUGGUAUGUGCGACAUGUUUCUUGUAUCAAGCUAUUCUGCCUUAGUAUUCUGGAUUUAUCAUGUGUGAUCCUAUCACUACUUUCACACGAGUUGUAUUCUGUGUCCCUGGUUUAAAUAAGGCUGCUCAUGAACUAAAAUCCCAAACGCAACAAGCUUGUCGUUAGGUCUGCCACUGCACUCAUCAGUGAUGGCAGAAACUUGCAAUAAAUUGUAUCCACAAGCUUUGUUACAAGGUUAGAGAGGGUGAUGAAGAUAGAACUGAACUCCUCGGGUCUGAACUGAGUAGUACUUUCUGUGGAUAGUAAAUAGAUACUUUGCUGGCAGGGAGGCAGGAGGGCUUGUAGACAUGUAAACAUAUACUCUGAGUGACAUGGCAGGUUUAACUAUAGUACAUCUAUCUAAGACUCUCUGGACAGCUGAAGCCCUGGGUUUGGAAAUGCUUACUCAUGCAAGACUACAAAGCUCAGUUUGAACAGGUAGUCUGAUCUUAAGAUUGAUUCCUUAACUAAACUGAACAACUAAUAAGUGUAGAUGGGUUGCUGUCUAGUGGAAACACUAUUUUCUUACCUCUAGUACCUUCUAGUGUCCCAGCUUAAAAGCUUGCACCCUGUGGUAGAACAGAAAAACCACUGCCAUGAGCUCAAGUUCCAUGUGAAAUCCUUUAGGACUUACUGUGAUGAAGUUGGCAGACCUCUGGCUGACCUCAUAGAGGAUGGUGUAAAAGUGUUGUCUCUCUAUUUAGACUGUUUUGGAAAGACUUCAUGGCUUCCUGUUUCUCCUUCUGUCUGGCUUGUCUUGUUUCUUUCCACUGGAGGCCUAUUUCUAUGCUUAGUGGGAUUUUUAUGCUGUUUCUGCCUUCCCUCUUGUUAUUUGACCUGACUAGUAACUAAUGGAGAUCUGCUGUUACUCCUCUUCUUUGUCUGGUCUCCCUAUACCUCUGAUUUUUGAAAUGGAUUGAUCAUACCCUUUCUUUUACUGGAAUGGGUGUGUAACUCUCUGCCUUUUGAGUAUGUAGUUCUCUAAGCAUAGCUGUGCAGCCUCCAAGCCAUGUCACAAGUUCUCUAGUCAGUUCCUAGCAAGGAAAAUAGACUUUCUUCAAUCAAGAUUGGAUUCUGUAUUUUAAAUCAGUUUCUCUGCACUUCAAAUUUUGCCGACAUUUUUCUUUUUUUGGUGUGUGGAACAGAGAAGAAACUUUCAUUAUAGGUUGAAAGGCUCUUCCUUGCUCACCAUCUCCUUCCUGCAAUACCCUCCUACAUAUUGUCUUUCCUUUUUUGUCCAUUUGGCACCAAUUCUUUUUUUACUGAUUCAAGCACUUUGUCCAUUCUCAUUCCAACUUUUUAUUUAGUAGUUUUAUUGUGGCUCUGAUUCAAUGAUGUAGUCCUGCAAUGACUUUCUAGUACAGCUCCUCUGGAAGGUCUUGUGUUCUCUGUUCUCUCUUAGGGAGAGGAGCGGUCCUUGCUUUCAUUAGUCAAACUUAGCCAUAAUGCCUCCUCGUUGGCCAUGCCUCAAUUUCAUCUUGCUCAUCUGCAGUUUUUGGGGAGCUGAUUGUCCCCUUUUCCUCAGGGCUAUGUCUCUCUGGACUCUUCUGGUUUUGCUGCCUUGCUCAUCUAAGGGCACCUUCUCUUCCACUUGGCACAGGUUUGUCAUUUGGCACUUCUGCUGUAUCUUUGGGCAUGUUCUUUGCUCCUGUGGCUUUGGCUACUAUCCUAGAGUUUGCUAUUUCCCUGUUGCUGUGCUCUGUGUUCUGAGCUUUCAUUAAAAUCUAUUCUAUGUUUUAGUUCUAUGCAAGAAAAACGGUUUCUUGUCUUGAUGUGAUUGUGCUGAUUCUUCCUUGUGUAAGCUCAAGUUCCUUAGUCAUAUCAUUUAUCCUAGGUUUUCCUUUCACAUUUUCUUUGAGUGUAGAAAUGCCCUUUCUUCUAGGUUAACUGUUGCAUUUACAAUUUUUUCCUGCCAAUAUUUACUUGGAAAGUUUCCACUGUUUUUGUUUUCUUUCUUUUAAAGGAUGAUUGACUUAUCUUUAGGCUUUAAUAGAUACCCCGUACUGCUUUGUAGAGUGUUUGUAAAGAACUACUACUGGACUUCAGAAAGGCAGAAAAGGAGAUGCAGUCCCUGCUUUCAAGUAUCAAACAAUGCAAGAAUGUGGGAUCACAGAACAGGUUAAGGCACAUGUAAUGCAAGUACAGUAUUGUAAUAUUAGACUUCCUGAUCAUCAGUGGACACACAUGGUAAGCUCCCUGCAGGUGUUACAACAAAACUGAGUUUAGUGAAGAACUGAGGGCAAUUUAAGCAGUGACUUUGUGGAUUUAAUUCAGGUAAUCAGUCAUGUGUUGUAGAGUGCCACUUAUUCCUUUAUUUCUAUUGCAUAUGCCUUUAUAGUUGUGUUAAAGAACAUCACUUUAUGAAAAAUCUUCGAAAACAAGAAGUUUUCUUCCUCAUGUCAUAAUGCCUUUCAAGAGUAAUCCAUUAGCAAAGUCUUGAGUUUUCAUCAUUUUUCCCCCUCACUGAAGGUUGCUGUUCCUGCUUUCACUACUGAAACUCAGGAGUGGUAAGUUAUGGUUAACACAUAGGCUCUUAUGUGUGAAAUGGUUGAGUUUUUCCCAUUAAUUUUUGUAGUGUGAUUAACUGUCUUUGUGAGCCAAAGAUAAUGGUCUUUUCCUCAUAUCUGAGAGCUUAUAUUCCACACUUCACUGAAACACUGAGGAAAGCUAUAGCCUGCCAGUCUUCUGGGCAGAAAUAAACUGAGUUGAAUUCUUAGUUUUGCUAAAGCAUGCUCCUGUGUACUAACCCAGAAAACAUAACACAAUGGACCAAUAUAAUUCAUUCAGAAGCAGGGGAAAGACCUGUGGGUUUUGUUUAAUAGGUAUAAUUCUUCAUUUUGCUUGUGGUACAAGGAACAAAUCUGGAUAGUGGCAUUAAUGUUUCUUAAUUUUUGUUUGACAGCUGGAUGGUGCUGUUGCACAACAGACUGUAUGGAAACAGAAUCACUCCACCCACUGCUGGGUCUUUCAAGCUUUUUUUAGCCUCUUCCCACAGAGAUGGUAGAACUCAUGCAGGAGAAAGGGAAGAUUGGUGCUGUUGCUACACUGUAAGCAGGAGGACAAGAAUCUAAAUCACUGCUGGAGAACAGGAAUGUUUUUGCAGCCUGAGAAGCUCUGGAAUAUGGUCCUUGAAAGACUAUUUUUUCACUGUGGUCAUCUGAUCAGAGCUGAGCACUGAGCAGCAGCUACAGGCGCUCUGCCAUGCCCAGCCAAACAUCCACACUCCUCCCUGUACACUUUCACCAUCUUACCUUUCCCAUUACCCUACAGUGCCAAGGCCUCUAUGGCUUGAAGUUUGCUGCUGCCGCAAUUGGGAUGAGUCUGGGCUCUUGAAGGUGUUAGAAUAAAGUCAUCUAGCUCUAGAGUCCUGAAGACUUCUUUGGGUUUAACAGCUAAAGCUUUGAAAGGCAGGGAGUUGGAUGUGCUGCAGCUCUGAAUCUUUGUCAUGGUUUUCUCCUAAAAAAACCUUGCACUUGUGUGACCAAGGCAUGCAUAUAGGAGAGGUUUUCCUAGAACUUCUGCAGAACAGAUAGGAUGAAUGUGGAGUAUACAGUGUUACUGUGCUCUAAUGCCUUUGGAGGCAGCACUCAACUUACACUAAAGGUAUCUGCAUCUUUAAAGUCAGUCUUCCAAAAUAGCUAUGAAAAAACUAAUUGUAGUGUGAAAAAAGUUUGGAAAAAUAAUACACUAUUGCAGGCUUUUAUUCUCUUGCAAGAAUUUGAGGCAACUAGAAGAAAUAGUUCCAUAAGAAUUAAAUUAGUAAAAAGUAAAACAAGCAUAGUACUUCAGAAUAUUUUUACUUUUUGUUGCUGCCUAUUUGUUAGAAAAAAAGAAGAGGUAAGUACUGCAUUUAUACUGACUAAAUGCAGUGAGUCAUUAAAAUAAACCUUAGUAUGUUUUUCUACAUAGGAUAUCAUGGAUGUACUAGGACUCAUCAAAUUUUGAAUGAGUAACUUCUGUCCAUCCUUUAGGUUUCUGUCUUGAUGCCUCCUCUCUCAAAAUCCUUUUCUAAGGAUUUUCAGUUUUAAGGUCUUCAAUGUAAUGAUCUUCAAACUACACCUGAUUACCUUCUUUUGACAAUUGAGCUGCUAGACUGAAUGCAGCAACUUGAAAUUCCUUGGCAACUUGCCUGUCUCCCUUUGGCAUCCCUUUCAAUAAGCUCAAUGUCUCGUCUUCCUCACACUGAUGCUUUAUUCUGCCCUGUGGACACCAUUGUCGUAUUACAUUAUUUUUUGGAUUUUUUCCUCAGGUACAAUACUGUUUCAUCUCCUGAUUUCUAUAUUACCUUCCUGCUUUUAUUAAUUAGACUGCUUCCCACCCUGUCUUGGAACUUUGUGAUCGCCAUCUGUGCCUGAGGUUCAGAGUUCAUCUUGGAGGUUUCAUUCUACAGCUUUAUCCUUCCUAAUUGCCUUUUGCCUAGUCAUCUCUUUCACAAGUUAAUUUCCAUUAGCUCUGACUGGUAUAUCUUCCCUGCUUAUAUAUGUAUUAUACAACUGAUUAUUUUUUUCCUAAAUGUCUGGGUUUUUUACAACACUAUCUUGCCCUUCAACCCAAAAAUGCACUUCUGCAGCUAAUUGCCUGUGAUUUAAAAAAAAAAAAGGCUACUCUAGCAGCAUGCUCUUAGACUACCUGUGUAUCUAUAUAAAAUGCUAAUUAGCUAGCUAGUGAAAGCAUCUCCCUUACUUUUUAAAGUUCUGGUAGCCCUUUUGCAAAAAAGCUUUCCAGUCUCACUUAUUGUAUGGUGGUGUAUCAUGUUUAGUUCAGGCUGUCAGCUCCUUGAGCAGCAGCCUGCCAGUUCUUACUAGUCUGUAGAAAACUGUACGCAGCUGUGACAUUGGAGAAACAGUAAAAGUAAUACUGAAGUUGCUUAGGCUGAGAACUGCAACAGAUUUUCAUGUCUUUCAGAUGCUGAAGUAAUGUGGCAGAUGGCUUAAUUAUGAGUUCUUUCCCUAGAAAAUCUCUUUUGAGGAAAGAUGUGAAGGCCAUUUAAUAUGAAAUGCUUAUUAUGAAAUGCUGAUGCUAUCUAUGGGAGCAAUUCCUUAACUUAGUACAUAAUAUCUAACAAUCAGACAGGUUAGGUGGCAUGGCUCUUCCAUCAAUAGGACAGGGGUUUCUUUUGGUGUUUUUUUUAAAGCUGAUGGAAUUUUCAUUGCCAAUGAAGCUAGGCAUGAAUGUAUUUUUUUCUAAGAACAUUCUUUUAAUUUUGAGAAUUGUUUUCUAUAUCUAGGCUUUCCCCCCUUUUUGCAAAGUAAACUAAUUUUAUUUGCAUAAUAUUUGCAUUAACUUCUAGGUCCUUUAUACCUCAAAGGAUUAUUCAUAUUCACAGCCUCCCUAUUGUAGGAACUGCAUCGUUUUUUGCAGCAUUUAGUUUGAGCAGAUUCUGUCUGGACCCCCAACCCUAAUAUAUUUAAAUCUAUCUGGAGCUAUUCAACAACCUGCUGUUGUUUGUUUUUUUGAAACUCAAGUAUUAAUUGUUGGUGAAUUAGGUUUUGCAUUGCAUGAUUCUUCCAAUUGUUACUCUUAAAAACCCCACUACCCAUGGGCUGCCUCUUUACCUAUUUUACUUUGAUAAACAGCUAUGCACCGCAAUCACUUCCUGAUAUUUAUGUAACUUUGGCAGAACACAGACUUGAAACAAAAAUGAAAAUUGCUCAAUCCUUGCUAUUUUCAUUAACAUUAUUUUCAUUUUCAGUUUCAAAACCACCUUACCUCCUCUUUCUAUUUCAUAUUUCUUCUGCAUCACAUCAGUGGAUACAAGCUAUGAGCCACCUUUUGAAGCUGCUAUGUAACACACAUUUUAUGUUCAUACCAAACUUAUUUUACCUGGAAGACGUUUUUACCUUUUUAUGGUAAACAUUACCACAAAUAUUGCCUUCUGUUUUAGUUUUCCCUCUGUACUAUAUAUUUCAUUCUCUUCUAGCAGAGAAGUUGUCUGGUGUAUCUAACAUCCUCAAUGGAACAUAAAUGCAUGCAUCUUUGACUAUGUGUUCUUUAUAUUUUAUCUCUCACUGCUCAAUAUUUUAACCUUCUUCAACAUACUUUGUAUUUUUUUCUCAAAGGUUUUUUAAUCCAGCCUUUGCUUCUGGAAAAGGUGCCGUUACAUUCCUGUACUUCACCUUAACUAUGCCAUGUUUGUUUUGUUUUGGUUUUUAACAGCAUGUGACUGUUGCCUGGCACAAAACCUAUCCUUUGUGCCAGGGAAUAUCAAUGUUAUCCAUUGUCCUGUAAAAUAAGAAUAAUCACGCUUAGUCAUUACAACACACCGUUUAAUGUGUGCUAUGGAUCAGUAGACUUAAAAUAGAAAGUAACAAAUCAACAAAACAAUUUUUAAAAAAAGCAAUGUUCUCUUUAAAUUUACUGUUACUGUAGGGGACAAAAAUGAGAUUUAACUACUUCUACUGAAAAGCAGCUGAAUAUGAAUGCUGGGUGAUUUUUAAAAGCUGCAAACUGUAAGUUUGGGAACUCUGUGGGUCAGGGGUCAGAUUUUUGUUGUAUAUGCAUACAACAAUAUUGAAUUAGUGUCUGUCAAAAUGGAAAACAAUUAUGAUGUAUAAUGACAGGAUUAUGCUUGAGAUGGAAAAGAGGUGCUCAAUAUACACUAAAAGCAAUUCACAGCUGUAAGACAAAGACUAAUAGGGGAGCAUCAGCUCAAGCUUGCAAACACUCAUAAGCCUGUGAAGAAUCUAAACACUUUUCAUUGAUUAUAAGAUUGCAGUUCUUCUGUCAAAAAAGAUUUCUCAAUGUUUUCACAGAAAUAGCCUGCUGGUAAUAUCUUUUAUUGUGCCACAUGUGAAUCUCAGUUUUUCUUGCCUUGAAAUGUGGACCUCUGAGCAGUCCUUGGCUCUAGAGUUGCACGCAACUGUUGAAGUGAUCAGCGAAUAUGGUUGCACGUGAAAAGUAGGGUGACAGUACUUUUGGUAUUUUUUCCUGAUUUGUUAAAUAGUGGAAUUGAAUGAAGUUGCUGCACUGGAAUAUGUUACAAUGCAGUGCUUGCUGUGAUGCAUAAGUAACAGAAGGAUGGAAUGAAGAUAAAGGGAUAGAUGCUGAAGUAGGGUGUGGGCUAUGAAUCUGCCAUGUCCUGCAGUAUCAGUCUUCAGUGCUUUGGCUCUAAGUUUCCUAAUGGUGAACGGGAUUCAGACGUGUUAUUGAUGGUCUAAGAAAUGCUGUGUUUUAGCAUGCUUCUACUUGACAGGUAAACAAAAGCAGUUCCUUAAAUAAGUUAAAAGUGAUGGUUUAAGAUCCUGGCCUAAUCCUAUACAGGAUGGAAGAACCACUUUGACUCUCAAAUUUAAAAUGUAGAGCCCUAAGGGCCUGUUCACUUGUUGGUUGUUUCUGUGCUCAGACUUCUAGAGCCUGUGGGUGCCAAACACUUUGAUAUCACAGGUCCUGGUGCUCCAUGUUCCUCUCGGCAUUUUGGUGCUGGCAGUGCUGAUGGACUGGGUGUCCCCACCUCUGCACUGCUGGGAUUUAGGGAAUAAACAUUCCACUCCAUCAUCCCUGGGGAAUGAUUUUGAAGUCUACUAGUGUGGGGGUGAGCAGAAGGAAAUUUAUUUUUCUGCAGGGUGUUACUUGAUGGUCAUUACUUUCAGUGGUUCCCUUCAGCAAGUGCCAUCCAAGUCCCUUGUUCCUGCCCUCCAGCUGGUGCCUCUUUGUGAUCCCCACUGUAAUGCUGGUGCAGGGCUCCAGCCUGGGGAAUGUAUCCAGCCACAAAAUAGCAAAGGGAAAAUGGUGAGAAAGGGAGGACCAGUGCUUUUCAGCCCAGCUGGACUCCUGGGCACCUCACUGUGCAGCUGUGGCCACACUUGUGCCCCUGGGCUGGAAGGGACAAGGCAGGGUGUCUGGGUGAGCAGCACAAGACAGAGCAAAUGCUGAAGCUGCAGCUGCUAUCACAGAUAAAACAAGGCUUUUGGGGCUUGGGGUAUUCAAAGCUGGGAGUACAUGAGGGCUGUGAUUCUGUAGGUGGCAGGUAACUAAAAGCAGAUAAAACCUAGGAGGAGCCAUGAUUUCCUAGCAUCUCCAGCCAGGCAGUUUAAGUAGUUGUCUUGACAGUGUGCCUGUCCUAGAUGUGAUCACAUUGCAAUUAAGUGCUGCAAGCACGCACGAGAAAAGCGCUGAAAAGGCUCAUUGGCAGGUUUUACCUACCUGUGCCUUAAAAGCAGUUUUCAGGUUUCUGCACUUUACGUUUUAAUGUCCAAAACCCUGAGAAUCAAUUAUGUUACUUUAACACCUCAGUUCUUCUAGUGUUGCUGUGGGACAAGAAGAGUUCACAAAAUACUUUGGUUUUCUGUGGUGUAGAAAAGUUGCCAGCCAGGAGUUGGCAGAGAGCAUCAGUAUCUCUGUCUCCUACAGUUGGCAGCUGCAGGAGAUGAGCCUGCCUGAGGAGCUGCUGUAAAGUGGCUGUUUGGAACAGCCAGCCACAAAUUGUGUCAGGGAAAUCUCAUUCUGAGUUUGACCUAAAUGGGUACAGGUUUUACACUGCUCUGGAAAUGCAGGCUGGUCAUUUCUGGCUGUGUUAGUGAGGUCAUUUGUUGCUGAUUAUUGCUACCUGAUUAUUGCUACUGACUGGCCUCUGUAAAGCAGUGAGAAGCUGACACUGUUUCUAAAAUCAGAGCAAUUUGCUAAUUUAAAAUGUUAAUGGCUGCAUUUAUGUCUUUGUUAGUGUCCUCUAUCAGGUCUAGAAUUGCUAUUUACUUGUAGAGAAUUUAUUUUUAUGUGCAAGUUUUUCCUCGUGAUUUAUUUCCAUUCAGCUUUCACAUUGCUACAUUCUGCAGCAACCCAAGAGAAAUAACCUUUUCUGUUCAGUAAGGGAUUAAUACUUUUGAUGAGAUGUUUCUGACACAGGAGGUUCACACAUGUUCUUGCACAAGCCUUUAAAAGGACACUUGACAUGUGGUGUUACAAGAACAUAUUCAGCAAAUUUUAGGUAAGCGAAUUGACUUAAUUUAAUAAACUGCUUUUCAUC